AUGGUUUUGCAGCAGCAGUAUCGCGAAAGAGGCUUUAAGAAAUAUUCAGAGCUGAUCACCUGUCUUUUGCUGGCUGAACAAAAUAAUGAAUUACUGUUGAAAAAUCACGAAUCUCGGCCGACAUGUGCAAAUCCAUUUCCAGAGGCAAAUGCAAUACAACCGGAAAAUCUGGUGCGUGGUCGUGGGCAAGUCAGAUAUCAACAAAUUGAUCGCAAUCGAAAUCAGAAUCGCGGCCGGGGCCGGACAAACGCAUACGGUCACAAUAAUUAUCAAAACAGGUCCCGACAUGUGCCAAAUCAGCAUUAUAAUGAUAGAAGGCCGUACAGACCUCAACAGAGGUUCAACACUGGGAGAAAGAUAAACAAUGGCAAAGAGUGCACCCGGUGUGGAAUCAAAGGCCAUUGGGCCUAUGUUUGUCGCACAACCAUUCACUUGGUUGAACUGUAUCGGGCCUCAAAAGAAAGACGGGGAAGAAUUGCCCCCGAAACAAAUCACGCUGCCCACGAUGACACAUUUGACGAUAUGAUGAAUGAAAAUAUCACACACCUGGCUGCCGAUUAUCUGCUCGACAUAGCUGAUGAUGUUAAAUGA